AUGGUUCUUCAACGAGCUCCGAAACGAGCCAUAGUAUGGGGCUUUAGCGAUACGAAUAGACACGUCACUCUUGAAAUAGGCAGUCAGCUAUAUCAAACGAAGAGUGGAUUACAUCCAGUGAAUGAAUUUGGCGAAAGUAUUUGGUCGGUUACACUCGAUCCUCAACCAGAUGGUGGUCCCAAUCAGAUACAUGUACAUCAAACACUACCAAAUGGAACGCUUGUGACGCUUACUUUGAAUGAUGUCUAUUUUGGUGAUGUUUGGAUCUGUUCAGGUCAAUCCAAUAUGCAAAUGACCGUGCGAGAUAUUUUUAAUGGUUCAAUCGAAAUAGCAAACGCAGAUAAAUAUCCUAAAAUACGUUUAUUUACAGCUGCCCUAAAACCAUCAGCUGCACCAAUCGAAGAACUAUUAGGCAUUGAACAAAAUUGGUCUAUACCUUCUGCUGACAGUGUCGGAGGACCAUCAUGGACGUACAUAUCAGCUGUAUGUUGGCUUUACGGUCGAAUGAUUCACGAGGCAUUGGGCGGCAUACCGAUCGGACUGAUUGUCACUAGUUGGGGUGGUACGGCUAUCGAAUUAUGGAUGCCACCAGAACCGUUACAUGAAUGUGGCAUUUCAUCCGAUGAACGUGUUCCGUUGCAACCCUAUAACGAACCUUUAGGAAUACGAGACACAUUGAAUAACUCGAAUUUAUACAAUGCGAUGAUCUACCCAUUCACCCGUAUGGUUAUUUACGGUAGUAUUUGGUACCAAGGUGAAUCGAAUGCUGAUUAUAAUCGUGAUAAGUAUACAUGUACGUUUUCCAAAAUGAUUCAAACGUGGCGUCAAAUCUGGUUUACGCGUACAAAUAACAAUACUGAUAUUCAAUUUCCAUUUGGUUUUGUUCAAUUGUCCACGUUUAGAACUGAUGGGCGGAUGGUUGGUGGAUUUCCGUGGAUUCGUUGGCAUCAAACAUUUGAUGUUGGAUAUGUCCCAAAUCAUGUUGUGCCAAAUGUUUUUAUGGCUGUCGCUUUAGAUCUACGUGAUGACCCAAAUCUAAUUCAUCCUCGAACUAAACACGAUGUUGCCUAUCGACUGUCUCGAGCUGGUCUUGCUGUUGCGUAUGGUCAAUCUGUUGAAUAUCUAGGUCCAAUUGUAUCAAAUGUAACAUUAUCGAAUGAUCGAGAACGAAUUUAUGUUACAUAUACAGCUGUAUCAGAAAUUUCGCUUCGAAGUACAGAUGGAUUUGAAGUCUGCUGUAGAGGUGAAAGAUGUGCAACGAAAGAUAAUGAUUGGGAACCAUUAACAAUUUCCGGCAAAACUGGUUUAACAAUUACUUUAACUAUUCGAAAUAUCUGUGCUCGAAGAUCAAUAUACGGCUUUCGUUAUUUAUGGCGUGAAACGCCAUGUCCAUUUAAACAAGCACCUAUAUAUAGUUUUACGGAUGCUAAUUUACCAUCACCACCUUACUUGAAAGUUUUUUAA